AUGCGCCUCUGGUAUCGCCGCCACGGCCACCGCGGCACCGCCGGCGCAGAAGCAUUCUCCGCCGCACUCCUCGCAGCCUUCUUCUUCCUCACCCCCAUUUCGCGACUCUUCUCCAUCCUCCAUCACCACCACCUCCUAUCCGUCCUACAGCCACCGCCUCCCAACGCUCUUCGACGGCGCCAAGGACAGCGGCGUAUUGUGCCUGAUGGCACCAGCUUCUUCUUCAGAGGCUUUGAAGCAGUCGUGAGUGAAUUUUCAUCCAAGGACAUAUCCCGUGCUAAAGAGGUAGUGUUCCUGCUUCCGCUCUUGCUGGCUGUACAGCUAGUGGCGGGAAGCAAGAGCCGCAACCCCGAGCGGGACGCACUGAGGGCAUUCAGGGCCGGCGUGUCGGACCCGUCAGGCACGCUCCAGUCGUGGAACAGCACGGCACACUUCUGCCGGUGGGCGGGGGUGACGUGCGAGCACGGGCACGUGACUUCCCUAGGCGUGUCCGGCCUCUCCGGGACCAUCUCCCCUGCCAUCGGCAACCUCACCUACCUGGAGACCCUCAACUUCAGCAAGAACGCCUUCUCGGGGAGCAUCCCAGCGACCCUCGGGCGGCUGCGACGUCUUAGUUACCUCAGCUUCUGCGACAACGGGCUCAGCGGGGUGAUACCUGACAGCCUCCGCAACUGCACCGGCCUCGCCUAUGCGUACCUCAACAACAACAGCCUCGCCGGUGCCAUCCCCGACUGGCUCGGGACUCUGCCAAAUCUCACCUUCCUAUGGCUCAAUGGCAACUCGUUGUCCGGAGAGAUACCGCAGUCGCUCGGCAACCUCACCAAGCUUGAGAGCCUCAAGCUGGACCAGAAUCUUCUAAAAGGCAAUCUCCCUGUUGGCCUCUCGCGACUUCCUCUCCUCCAAACACUUACUGUCUCCCAGAACAAAUUGGACGGUGAUAUCCCACCUGGAUUCUUCAACAUGUCCUUGUUGGCAGACAUGUCUCUCGCUGACAAUGCAUUCGGUGGGAGCCUUCCGCCGUACGCAGGCACGGGCAUGAAGAACCUUGGGGGCCUCUUCCUCGGCGGGAACAGACUCACUGGGUUGAUUCCAGCAACACUAGCAAACGCGUCCGGCAUGACAUAUCUCAGCCUCUCCGACAACGGCUUCACUGGUCGGGUGCCGCAGGAGAUAGGGACGUUGUGCCUAUAUGCACUGGAGAUAUCCAACAAUGAGUUUGCUGCAACUGAUGGCGUUGGGUGGGAGUUCUUGGACCGUUUGACAAACUUCAGCGGCCUAAGUAAGCUUUCUCUCGACAACAACAAUUUCAGCGGGAGGAUGCCAAUCUCCAUCAGCAGCCUCUCGAGGGAGCUUUUGGAAUUAAACCUUGGGGGCAACCGCAUGUCAGGUUCCAUUCCACCUAGCAUUGGGAACCUCACUGCACUGCAAACGUUGGGGCUUGAGUCCAAUCUCCUCACCGGCACCAUUCCGGAAGGGAUUGGGAAGCUCAAGAACCUCACGGAGUUGCGGUUGCAGGAGAACAAACUGUCAGGGACAGUGCCAUCUUCCAUCGGCAGCCUGACAAAGAUGCUCAAGCUAGUGCUGAGCAGUAAUGUGUUGAGUGGAUCCAUCCCUCCAACCCUCGGUAACCUGCAGGAGAUGGUUCUUCUCAAUCUCUCUGGCAACAAGCUUACCGGCCAAGUCCCGAGACAGCUCUUCGACCUUCCAUCGCUAUCCCAAGCAAUGGACUUGUCGAACAACCGGCUCGAAGGCCCGCUUCCUCGCGACGUCAUCCGCCUUGGGAACCUCGCGUUCCUGAAGUUGUCCAGAAACCUCUUCAACGGCGAGAUACCAGAGCAGCUCGAUAGUUGCCAGAGCUUAGAGUUGCUCGAUUUGGAUAGCAACCUCUUCAACGGAACCAUCCCACUGUCGCUGAGCAAACUGAAGGGGCUCCGGAGGCUGAACCUGACAAGCAACAGAUUGUCAGGUAGCAUCCCGUCAGAGCUCGGCGACAUGUCCGGGCUGCAGGAGCUGUACCUUUCAUGGAACAACCUGACAGGAGUAAUCCCUGAUGAGCUGGGGAACGCGAGCUCGUUGAUCAAGAUGGACGUCUCCUACAACCAUCUGGAAGGUCAGGUGCCGCUCCAUGGCGUGCUUGCAAACCUGACCGGGCUUAACAUCGCCGGGAACAGCGAGCUCUGUGGUGGCGUUCCGCAGCUCCAUCUGCUGCGAUGUCCUGUUGCAAGGCACACUCAACAUACAGAUUGGCGUCUUCCUAUCGUGGUACCGAUCUUCGGCAUAUCUCUCUUCUCGGGCAUGUUCCUCGCCAUUUUCCUAUGCUACAAGAGAAAGUCGAGACAUGGAGAAAGCGCGACACAGCCAGACAUACUUGAUGGCAUGAACUACGAGAGGAUCUCCUAUGCCGAAUUGGCGAAAGCCACGGACGGCUUCGCAGAUACUAAUCUGAUAGGCGCAGGAAAGUUUGGCUUUGUUUACAAGGGGACUCUGCCCCUGAAAGUCAAGGAGGGGUUCGAGCACGCCACUGUGGCCGUGAAGGUGUUCGAUCUACAGCAAGUCGGUGCCUCCAAGACAUUCCUGUCAGAGUGUGAGGCAUUGCGAACCAUACGACACCGUAAUCUAAUUAGCAUCAUCACCUGCUGCUCCAGCAUCACCCCAAGGGGUGAGGAGUUCAGAGCUCUAGUGUUCGAGCUCAUGCCCAACUAUAGCCUAGACAGGUGGCUGCAUCCGACGCCUGAAGCGCUCAAGAAUGUCGGCAGGCUGACCGGGAUCCAGCGGCUCAACAUUGCGGUGGACAUUGCCGACGCGCUGCACUAUCUCCACGACAGCUGCGUACCACCUAUCAUACACUGCGAUCUCAAGCCGAGCAAUGUUCUUCUCGGUGAGGACAUGAUGGCCUGCAUUGGUGACUUCGGCCUCGCAAAGCUGCUUCUUGAUCCGGGGAUCCAAGACGCCACCAGCUCUGAGAGCACCAUUGGAAUCCGAGGCACGAUAGGCUACGUCGCACCAGAGUACGGCACGACUGGUAAAGUUUCAACAUAUGGGGACACCUACAGCUUUGGUGUGACACUGCUGGAGAUUUUCACCGGAAAGUCGCCAACCGGUGACUCCUUCGCCGAUGGCCUAACGCUGCAGGGGUUCGUCAGCGCGGCGUUUCCUGACAGGAUUGAGGAGGUCCUUGACAUGACGCUGCUUGUCCCCACGGAAUUCGAUGGUGAUUGUAGCGGUGUUUCAGAGCAGGAUUGGUUGGUUUCUGCCAUCAGGGUUGGGCUUAGCUGCACCAGAGCAGCGCCGUACGAGAGGAUGAGCAUGAGGGAUGCGGCCGCCGAGCUGCGCACGAUCAGAGAUGCUAGUCUCCGUGUCUGA